UCUAUGUAACACUAGUUGGUAUUCUGACCUGCUGGAGCUUCAAGAUUAAGAGCAAGAGAAUCAAAACGCGCUGUGAUUUUAUGUCAGAUGCAGAAAGACUCAAUUUCCCACAUUUUUCAACCAGUCACACGCUUCCUGAACAAAACAGUGUGUAACAUGAGAAGAUGACACAUGGAAGAGGUGUAAGUAGAAAGGAAGUGAUGAAGAAGACAGAGGUGAUGGAGGAGGAGAGGAGAGUUGUGGUGACGUGUGUGGAGAGUAGUGGUGUGAGGGACCUGCAGCGUGUCCUCAUUCCUGCACCGCUGCUACUAACCAUUGGGGGACGGCCUGGUGGGCAUGUCAAGUUACAACUCACACCCCAAACAGCUGUGAUAUGCCGUGCUGCACCUCUUAUUGACUCUUGCUGUGAUUAUGGCCAGCAGGUGGUUGCAUGUAACUGUGUGGUGGAAGGUACUGGUCCAUUGGAUGUCCACACACUCACCACAAGUGAUAUCACCACUUUGGAGGCUGUGGAAGUAACUGUAGUGAAGGUCGCAGUUAUAGUAAAGACAGUGAAGGAUGUAUUGAGUUACCAUAAGAACAAACCAGCAUUUCUGUCAUCACUACAAUCCCUCCUAGCUCUCUACGCUUUAACAAAUAACUCACAAAUACACCUACCCAGCAAUCCCUUGGCUGACCUCCUUGGCGUGAUCCUGGUGGAAGUCAAGAGUUGUAAGGGAGUCAAAUUGGGUCAGGUAGGAUCAGUAGGAGCUGGGACAAGGGUGGAGGUGGUGUCAGUGGAGAGUGAGGAUCGCAGGAAGCUGUCAGUGCGCUGCAAGGCUCAGUUGGGAGGGCUAGAUGACAUCCUUGCCCAUCUGCGCCGUCUUGUGACCGAGCCCUGGACCAGACGGGAGGAGUUUGGCCGAGUGGGUGUUGCAUAUCCUUCAGGUGUGCUGUUGGUAGGCCCACCAGGGUGUGGCAAAACGUCCCUGGUUCGACAGCUGUGUGCAGAGACCCGGGCAUGUUUGGUGGCAACAGCUGCGGCCGAACUGGUCUCACCAUAUGAGGGGGAGGCAGAGAGGAGGUUCAGAGAGGUGGUGGAGCGAGCUGUGGCCCUGAGCGAGGAGGGGCCAUGUGUGUUGUUCAUAGAUGAGAUCGAUGGCUUGUGUCGGGCUCGGACAGAGGAUGCCAGUGUGUCGGCUCUCCGGCUGACCUCACAGGUUCUGCUUGCCUUGGAUGAGUGUCAUGGCCUCCCAAACUUGACCCUGCUGGCCGCCACCAACCGACCCUUUGAUCUUGACCCAGCCGUCAGGAGGUCAGGUCGGCUGGAGAUUGAGAUUCUUCUAAAUGCCCCAAGUCGGACUGAGAGGCAGAGUAUUCUCUCCGUGCAUUGCCGAGCCCUUCUGCCCACACACUGCCCUGCUCCUGACCUGCCCCACCUGGCCACUCUCACUCCAGGCUUUGUGGGGGCUGACCUGCAGGCUGUGGUUGCUUCUGCUGCUACACAUCUGUCUGACUGUCAGGAAGCUGCUGUCACCAAACAGUCAGUCACAGAAGUCUUCACCAAAGCUAUUUCCUCCAUCAUUCCAAGCCUUCAUAAGACACUCAACUUCAUCACAGCCAAACCUGUUUCCUCUCCUGCCCCAGCUGGCCUUGCCCACACCAGACAUCUUCUUGAUAAUAUCCUCACACAGCACUUGCAGUUUUCAUGGGCCUAUAAUGCUCUGAAAUUGAGGAGGCCUAGAGGUGUGCUGCUGUAUGGGCCAAGAGGAUGCGGCAAGACCCGUAUGGCUGCAUCUCUUGCUGCUUCCCGGGGUUGCACCUUCAUUACAGCCACAGCAGCUCACCUCCUCUCACCAUAUGUUGGAGAAUCAGAGAAGAGAGUGGCAGCUUUGUUCCACGCGCGUCUUGCUCAACCGACAGUGCUCUUCAUUGAUGAGAUUGACGGAAUCUUUGGGUCUCGUGAGUCUCAUGGUGGCAGCAGUGUAGCAGUGAGUCUGUUGAAUGAACUCCUGCAGGCACUGGAUGGGGCUGAGGUCAGUGCCACCAGUCUGCAAGGUGCUUCUCUGCUGGCACACACCAAUACCACCACUACUGGCACACAGGAUGGAGUGUUGGUUCUGGCCGCCACCAAUCGUCCCUCAGCCCUAGAUCCAGCACUGCUACGGCCAGGGAGGUUUGACCGGCUAGUAUUUGUUCCACUGCCAGACACUGAGGCUCGGCUGGAUAUAUUGAAGGCCAAGACAAAGGGCAUGGAGCUACAGAAGGAGGAGGAAGAGGAGGUACUACAGCAACUGGCCAAAGAAACUGAAGGAUUUACUGGAGCUGAACUAGAGAACUUGGUGCAAAAAGCACUGGUAUUGGCAUUGCGUGAGUGUGGUGUGGUGGAGAAGGUUGCAGAUGAGGUGGUGGUGGUGGUGAAAGCCAAGCAUCUCUGGGCUGCCCGACACACACUUGCACCUUCCCUCACACCUGCUGAGAUGAAGGCAUACCUAGAUUUCAAGCAGGCUAACCAUGAGCGCGCAGAAGGAAGCCGCCGUAUGAUCAGCCGGUGCCUUCCCCCCCCUGAAUUUGUCUUAUGUAAUGCAUGGCUGGUGGAAUGGCAGGCACAGCCGUGGAUGUUGCUCUGUUUCCCCUUGACACCCUGAAAACACGGCUCCAAAGUGAGGCAGGCUUCAGGGCCUCUGGAGGCUUCCGUGGCAUCUAUAGUGGUCUGGGUCCAGCUGCUCUUGCCUCUGCUCCAAAUGGUUGCAUGCAUAAUAAGAGUGCCCAUGGAGAUUGUCAAGCAGAGAAGACAAGCCCAGAUUAGUGAUUCUUCUAUUAAAGUGGUACAAGAUA